AUGAGGUCCAACUUUCGUGCACACUACUACACGUCGUUGGGGUUUCAAGGAGCCGAGCUGAAGAGCUCGCUCGAGCUCAUGCUCAAGGACAACGUUGUUGAAACGAAGAAGCUACACAAGAUCUGCUUGUCGUGUGCGCUUCCCCCCGAGUAUCGUGCCAUCAUAUGGAAGCUUCUACUCGGCGUGCUGCCGGUGUACAGGGAAGUGUGGGAGUUCGUCCACCAACAGAAGACAGCUCAGUAUGAGGACAUCAAGCACGCUGCGCUUCUCAUCUAUCGCUCUGUCUUGUCACCGUGCCUCUCCACUCUGAUCGUUGAGCGGCAGCGACUUACAUUGUUUCCCAGCGACACAAUCCGAUCACUGCAGGGCCGACCGGACAUCUCACAGGCUCCCACAGAGCACACAGACGAUUCCCCAUCAGUGCCUCGAGCAAUCCCAUCACCAUCAUCCGCCACAGCGCAACUUUCCAAGAGCGAGAUGGCGGACCUGCUGUCCGUCGUGUACAGAGUACAGACGUAUUUAUUCGACGAAUCGUCACAAACAGCUCAGAAACAAGACUACGACGCCGAAGAGCUACGCCGCAUCGCCGAAGUGUUUUGCUAUGUGUGCGGGACGCAGAGCGAGGCCGACGCCUAUUGGUGCUACUCUGCUUUUCUUCAGUGCCGAGAGCAGAUCUAUGGCCACCACGCCACCGGCAUCUACCACCAAAUCAACGUUCUCUCUCGCCUUGUCGAGAAGUGCGUGCCGGACGUGUGGCGACACCUCCUCUCGCUGCACAUCACACUCGACGGCUUCAGCUACCAGUGGUUUCGGGGCUAUUUCACAUCAUGCCUCCCGCUACACUCUCUGGACAAGGUGUGGGAUCGGGUGAUGGCGGUAUCGCACGAUUUCCUCGCCUGCCUGGGCUGCGCCAUCGUCAUGCACCUCAAGUACAAGAUCCUCGACAUCUCCAAUCCGCGCGAGCUCAAACACUUCCUCGGAGGCGUUCACCUGCCCAAGGUGAACGUGGAACAGUUGAUCGCCAAGGCGACCGAGCUGUACUCCGGCGACCUACAAGAACUGCAGGUCAAGACCAAGCAGCUGUCGCCAACUUGA